UAACAUUAAUAAUAGAGGAAGAAAGUCCAAGUUUGUGAAGGUGAAGAUGGUGGGGGUUGCCAUAGGAAGAAAAGUUGAUCUUAGGCUCUACAAUUCAUAUCAUCACCUUAGAAAUGACUUAGUCAACAUGUUUGCAAAAGACAAUAAUGCAUAUGAUAAUGGAGGGGAAUAUGGAAUAUUUUACCAAGACAAAGUGGGGGAUUGGUUGCUUGCUGGAGAUGUUCCAUGGCAGACAUUCAUGGAGUCUGUUCAAAGGAUAGAGAUAGUAAGGAAUGGAUGGGAUUUGAAAUGAUAAAAUAACCUAAAAUUAUUGGGUACUUACUAGCAAAUAAUAUAUUUUUGCUCAACAAAUUAUGUCGACCCUUAUUAGAAUGGGACUCAAAACUAAGACCUUCUUUAUAGAAAGCAACAACGAUGUUCAUAAGUCAUUUGGUAAGCUUAAUUAGUUAUUAUAAUACUAUAAUAAUGUAAUAGUCUUGCUGUAUUGUCUAAUAUAAUAGAGGAGGACAAGUUGUACUUAACUUGUAGUUUGUAAUAUAGUUUGUA